AUGUUAAAUUAUUCUAAAUGUCCUCUCUGCCAAAAUGUCUAUAUUCAGGAGAAGACAGGAAGGCCAGUCAUUUCAGUUCUUAAAGAUGAGGAACUUCACCAAAUGGAGAACAUGGCAAAAAGACUAACCACCCUUGCUGAGCAUGCUGUGAAGAGAGGAGUAAGGCUUAUGGUUGAUGCUGAGCAGACAUAUUUUCAACCUGCCAUAAGACAUCUAACAUUAGACUUAAUGAGGCAAUUCAAUAAGACCUCUCCUCUUGUGCUUAAUACAUACCAGUGUUACUUAAAGGACACCUACUCCAAAAUCCAGACAGACAUGGAACUGGCAAGACGGGAAGGUUACAUGUUUGGUGCCAAGCUAGUCAGAGGUGCCUACAUGGAACAAGAACGACUGAGGGCAAGCACUUUGGGCUACACUGAUCCAAUCCACCCAAGCUACAAGGCAACAAGUAAAUGUUUUGAUGAAGUUUUAAAUGCUGUGUUGGAGGAAACAAAGAGAGGAAAUGCUAAUGUUCUUGUCGCAACUCACAAUGAGAACUCCAUCCAGGUUGCCAUCAAGAGGAUGCACGAAUUGGGAAUUUCACCGCAGGAAAGGAAAGUUUUCUUUGGACAGCUUUUGGGAAUGUCUGAUGCAAUCUCAUUUACACUUGGUACGUGA